AGAGAGAGAGAGAGAGAGAGAGAGAGAGAGAGAGAGAGCAUGUGGGAGGGGAAGCUCGUACGCCGGUGAGCAAAUCGAGUGUCAGACUCGUGGCAGAGGGGUCAGCGCGAGAGAAAGAACGACACGAACCGAACAUUUUCUGGACUUAGCGGGAACGUGAAAUAUCCGCGAAAGGAUGAACGACAUGGAAGCUUACGGAGACGGAUACAUGGAGCCAGAAGAAGAAUGGGAGAGAGAAGGUCUUUUGGACCCGGCUUGGGAAAAACAGCAGAAAAAGACAUUCACAGCAUGGUGCAAUUCGCAUCUUCGUAAAGCGGGAACCGCCAUCGAAUCGAUCGAGGAGGAUUUUAGAAAUGGACUGAAAUUAAUGUUACUGCUCGAGGUAAUUUCUGGCGAAACACUUCCAAGACCGGACAGGGGAAAGAUGAGGUUCCACAAGAUUGCAAAUGUGAACAAAGCUCUUGAUUAUAUCGCCAGUAAAGGCGUGAAAUUAGUUUCUAUUGGAGCAGAGGAAAUCGUGGAUGGCAAUUUGAAGAUGACAUUGGGUAUGAUCUGGACCAUUAUAUUAAGAUUUGCCAUUCAAGAUAUUUCCGUGGAGGAAAUGACUGCUAAGGAGGGCCUUCUAUUGUGGUGCCAGCGGAAAACUGCACCGUAUAAAAAUGUCAAUGUUCAAAACUUCCAUCUGUCGUUCAAAGAUGGCUUGGCGUUUUGCGCUCUUAUUCAUCGUCAUCGGCCGGAUCUUAUCGAUUAUAAUAAACUUAGCAAGGAUAAUCCUUUAGAGAAUUUGAACACUGCCUUCGAUGUUGCUGAAAAAUAUCUCGACAUUCCUCGUAUGUUAGAUCCUGAUGAUUUGAUCAACACACCCAAGCCAGAUGAGCGUGCAAUCAUGACGUACGUGUCCUGCUACUACCACGCGUUCCAAGGUGCUCAGCAGGUCAAUAUGCGAAAUACAGCAAUGCCUGAUGAACGAGCUGUGAUGACCUACGUUUCUUCCUACUACCACUGUUUUAGCGGUGCGCAAAAGGCAGAGACAGCGGCGAAUAGAAUAUGCAAAGUUCUGAAAGUGAAUCAAGAGAACGAAAGGCUGAUGGAAGAGUAUGAACGUCUGGCAUCUGAUUUGUUGGAGUGGAUAAGGCGAACAAUGCCUUGGUUGGCUAGUCGACAAACAGAUAACUCCCUUGCUGGCUGUCAAAAGAAAUUAGAAGAAUAUAGAACGUAUCGUCGUAAGCACAAACCACCCCGGGUCGAGCAGAAAGCUAAGCUGGAAACAAAUUUCAAUACUUUGCAAACGAAAUUGAGAUUGAGCAAUCGACCUGCUUACAUGCCAACAGAAGGAAAAAUGGUAUCCGAUAUAAACAAGGCUUGGAAAGGUUUGGAGUUGGCAGAGAAAUCAUUUGAAGAGUGGCUGUUGUCGGAAAUGAUGCGUCUAGAACGCUUGGAACAUUUGGCUCAGAAAUUUAAGCACAAAGCUGAUGCGCAUGAAGAAUGGACAGCAGGAAAGGAGGAGAUGCUUACCUCGCAACACUUCCGCCAAUGUAAGCUUAACGAGCUCAAAGCUUUGAAGAAAAAGCACGAAGCUUUCGAAUCGGAUCUUGCUGCUCAUCAGGAUCGGGUAGAACAGAUAGCCGCUAUCGCUCAAGAGCUCAAUACUUUGGAAUACCACGAUAGCGCGUCCGUUAAUGCCAGGUGUCAACGAAUUUGCGAUCAAUGGGACCGUUUGGGUACCCUUACCCAACGUAGGCGUCAAGCUCUAGACGAAGCCGAGCGUAUUCUUGAAAAGAUUGACGUUCUGCAUUUGGAAUUUGCUAAGCGAGCUGCUCCAUUUAAUAACUGGUUGGACGGAACCAGGGAGGAUCUAGUAGAUAUGUUUAUCGUCCACACGAUGGAGGAAAUUCAAGGAUUGAUGGAUGCCCACGCAGCGUUCAAAGCAACACUUGGCGAAGCUGACAAAGAAUACAACGCUAUCGUGGGAUUAGUGCGCGAGGUUGAAUCGAUAGUCAAACAAUUCCAAAUCCCUGGAGGCCUUGAAAAUCCGUACACCACCCUAACUGCCUUGGAUCUUACGAAGAAGUGGAGCGAUGUCAGGCAACUCGUGCCCCAACGUGACGGCACGCUUCAAGCUGAGCUUCGUAAACAACAGAACAACGAAUUGCUUCGACGACAAUUUGCCGAGAAGGCUAAUGCAGUUGGCCCGUGGAUAGAACGCCAAUUGGACGCAGUCACGGCUAUCGGCCUCGGUCUUCAAGGUACUCUGGAAGAUCAACUGCAUCGUUUGAAAGAGUAUGAACAGGCGGUUUAUCAGUACAAAGUCCAUCUUGAAGAAUUGGAAAAGAUUCAUCAAGCUGUUCAAGAGGGUAUGAUAUUUGAAAACCGAUACACUCAAUACACCAUGGAGACGUUACGUGUUGGAUGGGAACAAUUACUCACUUCUAUAAAUCGUAAUAUCAACGAGGUCGAAAAUCAAAUUCUUACCAGAGAUUCGAAGGGUAUUACGCAAGAACAGCUUAACGAAUUUCGUAGCAGUUUCAAUCAUUUCGAUAAGAAUCGUACAGGUAGAUUGGCUCCUGAUGAAUUCAAGUCUUGCCUCGUUUCACUCGGAUACUCUAUUGGAAAGGAUAGGCAAGGCGAUAUCGAUUUCCAACGUAUCCUAGCUAUUGUCGAUCCAAAUAAUUCUGGUUACGUACACUUUGAUGCGUUCCUAGACUUUAUGACUCGUGAGUCCACGGAUACGGAUACGGCUGAACAAGUUAUCGAUAGUUUCCGUAUACUUGCCGGAGACAAGCCGUACAUCUUGGCAGAUGAAUUGAGAAGAGAAUUGCCACCUGAUCAGGCUGAAUAUUGUAUUCAACGAAUGCCACCUUAUAAAGGACCGAACGCAAUUCCUGGGGCAUUAGAUUACCGUUCGUUCUCUACUGCUCUGUAUGGUGAAUCGGAUUUGUAAAGAUACGUGUUAAAAAUUUGAGAGAACUUUUGGAUGAUUUCCAUUUAAAAAAAAAAAAAAAAAAAAAAAAAAAAAGAAAGAAAAAAGAAAAAAGAAAACGGAUCAAAUUCGAAACAUUCGUCACGUUUCUGAUGCAUCUUUAUAAAUUGAGAAAGAAUCUCGAUACGGUAAAAAAAGGAAAGAAAAAAAGAAAUAGCCUAAAAAGAUACAACGUUCAAAAAAAGGUCUAAUUUGUUUAUACGUGUCACGAGUGUUAGCAAUUUUUUAUUCGUGAUAUUUUUUUAACGUAAAGGAACCCGAGAGCUGUGUCGAUACGACGACGUCUGUGUCUGUUGUGUUACGAGAUAAAAAAAAAAAAAAUCGAUAAUGCUCGAUAAGAAAGGGUCCGUACUUAAAUAAAUAAGUCUGUACAGUGACAAUAAAUGUACAAUUUUUAGAAGAUACCUUAACGUUAAAAGAAUAGCACACAAUCAAAGUUACAUCAAGUUCUUCUAGAACGUUUGCUUCUUGCCUAUGUCUGCGAUGAGUCCUAUAAUUAGUAAGUUAAUAUUUCAAUUGUAUAUAAACAUGUCCGAGAAGUCACACGAGUAUCAAAUAAUAGAGACAAAUAAUAAGCAUUUCCUUUUCGCAA